UACAGUACCGCCCCAACCCAGUAGGUGGCGACCGCAGCUGUAGCUUUACUACCGCAACAAAGAAAAAGAAGAAAUCCCUCUCUCUGUUUAUUUAUUCUGUCCCGUAGGGUUGUUGUUUUGCCAAGGAACUGUGGAUUUGUUGCCGUAUAAAAUGCUCAAAAAGAAAUCUAGCAACAGUGAGAAGAAGAGGAAACAAGCAUGCUCGGAAGAACGACACGAAGGCAUCAAACGGAGAAGCUUCGAGUCUCAUCAAGAGGACUCCAAAGAUGAUCUGGCUGACCCUGAUCUGGACCGGGUCGGCAGUGACAUCGAGGAAGGAGGUCUGGACCUCAGCCUGCCCUUCAAGCCCAUCACGGCUUACAUCAGCGACAAGAGGGAGAUGCUGGAGCAGUGCUUCCGCGUGCUGGGAGAGAAGAAGCUGCAGAAGAUGCUGCCCGAUGAGCUCAAGGAAUGCAGCUUAAAGGAAAUCCAGGAGCUGUGCUGGGAGCAACUGCAGCCCAUCUCAGAGGAGAACCUCAUCCAGAUUCUGGCGGGGGAGGAGCUGAUGAGCGGCUGUGAAAACUCUGAAGGGAGCCUAGAAACCCAACAAGAUAACAACGUUGACUCGACAUCGUACCAUAAAGAAACAACAAAAACAGAAGAUCCAAAGCAAGAAGUCGGGUGUUCCGGUGAGGAGAGCGACGUCCUGAGCAUCAACGCAGACGCCUACGACAGCGACAUCGAGGCCCCCAAAGAGGAGCCCAGCGCCAAACCCGCCUCCGGCAAAGCUGCCGGGUCUCGAAAGCCCCCGGUCAACCCCGGGCCGAAGAAGGACAUCCUGAGCGACAUAGACAAAAGCGUCAGCGAGAUCCUAUCGCUGUCUUCCCCCUCUAACAAAGAUGCACCAACGGAUGCACCGCCACCAAAUUCAGAAGUCAGUGGUGGCGCUGAAAGCGGCCCCCCUCCGUGCGGCGACCCCACGGUCUGUCCGCCGUCGGCUCAGCAGCUGGAGCUCCUGGAGCUGGAGAUGAGAGCGAGGGCCAUCAAGGCUUUGAUGAAAGCCAGUGACGGGAAACAGCGCAGUUUACCUACAAACACCUAACUUCCUGUCAAUAGAACGUUAUUAUUUUUGCUCCAUAUUGGAAUAAAUAAAGUCUACUAAUGUGAA